UUUCUCUCUGUCUCUCUCUCUCUUCCACGAAAAAGUCUUCGGGGUUGCAUUUUCAUGGUGCGGGGGUGCUGUCAGUCUUAAAGAAAAUUUAGGACAAGAGCAGAUACGUAGCAACGCGGCGACCAUGGCUGAGGCCCAGGUCGCCACUAGGGCGCGGCAGACUUGCAGUUCGGAGUUCAGUGGGACCGGAGGAAAGGAGAAUGGGUGGGUUGUAGUGGCGAGAGGAAGAGGAAACGGAGGAGCGGAGAGACAGAGCAAAGGAGGAGCCGCAGAGACGUAACCGCGGGCGGGCGGUCCGUGGCGGCGGCGGGCCAAGUCGCCAUGGCGGGCCUAGACACGAGCCCGACCGUCCCGGUGUGGCUAGCGGAGGACGACCUGGGCUGCAUCAUCUGUCAUGGGCUGCUCGCCUGGCCCACCACCCUGCCCUGCGGCCACAGCUUCUGCAGAGACUGCCUGAAGGGCAUGUGGGAGGCGCGGGGCAAAGGGGGCGCGGGCCGCGGCUGGGCCUGCCCCACCUGCCGCAAGGGCGGCCCGCAGUCGCUGGAGCUGCAGAAGACCAAGAUCCUGCAGGACCUGGUGGACAAGUACAGCCGGGUCGUGAGCGAGCUGGGGGGCGGGUCCUCCCCCGCCCGGAGCCCAGACACCCGCCCAGCACGGGGACCGCAGCCCCCAGGCGCGCAGCAGUCGGUGGCAGCACAGAAGAGCAUCACAGAAGUUGAUCGAGAGCUGACAGAGCUGGUAGGACAACUUGUAGGCAUUGCCAAGAGCCUUCAGAGUGAGAGACAGCCCCCAGAAUCAGGACCAGACAAUGAGUUGAGCAUCCUGGACAUGGCCUUUUCUGAUGGAGUGAACCUUUCCUCAACUGUAAAACUAACGACUUCCAACACAACUGAAAGAAAAAUAAAAGACAUUUUGCAUAGCCUAGAAGGAAUCCAGGAAAAAUUACAAAAAAACUUCACGUGGAAAAAGCCUACUGAAGAACAAGUACAGGUGGAACUCCCAGAAGCUCCAUCUCUCUCUGGCCUGCUGCCUGUCCAGAACCAUGCUAUCCCCAAGAAGGCCUCCCGGUUUACACAAUGCACCAUCAGUCCAACCUUUGACCGAGAAAGCCUCUCCUGUAGCCUGGAAAUGUCUGAAGACUGCAGGACUGUGACUGUAUCCAAGUUCCUACAGAACUAUCACUGGAAUCCAAAGAGGUUUACACAUUGCCAAGUCUUGUGUUCCCAGGCUCUGUCUUCUGGGCAGCAGUACUGGGAAGUAGACACUCAGCACUGCAACCACUGGGCUGUUGGGGUGGCUUCUGGAGGAAUGGGAAGAAACCAUAUGUUGGGAAGGACCAGUGACUCCUGGUGUAUAGAGUGGAAUGAGACUAGUGAGCUGUCUGUAUGGCAUGAGAUCAAGAAGACGGUCCUCGACUCAGAGAGACCUAAGGUGGUGGGCAUCUGGCUGAGCUUUGAGGAGGGGAAGCUUGCCUUUUAUUCAGUAGCUGAUCAGAAGAAGCAUCUCUUUGAGUGUCGGAUCUCUGUCACAUCUCCUCUGCACCCUGCAUUCUGGCUCUAUGGCUUGCAUCCUGGGAAUGCCCUGACUAUAAGGCCAGCAAAGGUAUAAAUAUUCCUCAUCAAAUGUUAAAUCACAAUGGUUUCUUGAUCUCUCUCUCUCUCUCAAGGUGGCAGCUUGACUUAAGAAUCCUACUUCUGAAAUCGAAGUGUGCACAGGAAAGGGCUAAUUCUGAAGAUAGGAUAUGCAAACUCAGCAUACUCCAAAGAAAGUACAGCCCUGCAUUGCCUCUGCACAGGUGACUUUUAAGCCUUUGGAAUAUGCUGCCUGAUAAGAGUGGCUUUGUUUACAUGGGAGACUUGGUUUAUGUAUCUGCUUGACCUCUGGAUGUGCUGGAGACUAAAGCUGGCCACAUGGGUGAUGAUGUCUGCUUACUUGACUGAGCCCCAAUAAAAGCUCCAGACACCAAGGCUUGCAUGAGCUUCCCUGGUUGACAGUACUCCUUAUGCUUUGUUACACAUUGUUUCAGGGAGAAUUAAAUGUUCUCCAAUUUCCAGUGAGGGAAGAUGGUUGGGGCCACUUGACCCCUGCUCUGUGUGCCUUUUUCUACUGAUGAUUUUAAUCUGUAUCUUUUCAUUAUAAUAAAUUGUAACUGAGAGUAUAACA